AUCUUAAUGUAGAUACAUAAGUAGUACUGAAACUAAGUCAACUUAUAUCUACUAAAAUUCAAAAGAUUUAACUUGGAAUGAUAUUUAUUUUGUAAUUUAAGGCAAGACUUGAUUAUCAUAUUCUGCUGCUUAUACAACAGUUUAUUUCAUGUAGGUAAAAGCUGAGCAGUUGGUAGGAAAGGUUAUACUUCUAUAUUUCGUGCCAGUUUGUGAUACCCUUGCUUUUUAUCUAAACAUUCGGAUAGCUAGUUUGAUAGACAUAUACUAUGAUUUACUGCCUUUUAAUAAUUUUGAAGUCAUUCUGGUCGCUGUUGAAGAUCCCUGUUUCACUCCCAUCCCGUCACAUACUCCACCAGAAGCUCACGAGGUUUUUGAAUCUAUCUUUUCUCAAUUACCAUGGACUGCCAUACCAUUCUCAGAUUUAGCAUGCCGAAAACGUAUAGCAAGAAAAUGUGGUAUCUCAGAGAUUGGAUUUAGCUACCCCACCUCGUUUUUACUUGAUACAAAAGGGAUGGUCCUAAAUUAGUAAAUUGUAAAAAAUGUUGGCUAUUCGAGAGAUACGGUACUCAAGGCUAUCCAUUUACCGAUGAAAGAAUAAAUUUUUUAAAUUCUGAAGAUGAUGCAGCAAUCAAGCAACCCACUUUGGACUUGCUUCUUGGCUCUCCGGAACGUGAUUAUCUCAUUUCAAACAAAGGGAACAGGGUACCUAUUGACACCCUUAAAGACAAGGUGGUAGCCCUGUAUUUCUAUGAAGAUGGUUUAAGUGAUGAUGGAAAUUGGACCUUAAUGGAUGAGAAUCUUACAGAUAAACUUGAAAUGGCUUAUAAGGAGUUGGCAAAACUUAAUGAACAGUUUGAGGUCGUACUCCUGUACCUUUAUGACACUUAUGGUACUGUUAAUUGUACUAGUGAGGAAUCAUUCUGGAAAAAAUUUAAGACUAUGCCUUGGUUGGCCCUCCCAUAUAAAGACCAGAAUCAUAAGAAGUUGAUUCGGAUUUUUGGUUAUCCAGAUAUGUUAGAUGAUGGGGAAGAAGCCACUACACUUGUUAUUAUUGGGCCUAAUGGAGAAUUCGUUGAUCAGUGUGGAGCUGACAUCUUGAUGCACUUUGGAACUCCAGCAUACCCUUUCACUCGGAAGAAUCUUGCUAAGUUAGAGACUGAUAUAGCAAAGGAACUGAAGCUGGAGAUGCUCUGGGAUCCAAACACAAAUUUCAAAGUAACAAAAGAUGGAUUGCCGAUUCCAGUUUCUCAAUUUUCCGGAAAAAGACUCUUAAUAUAUUUCGAUAUGUACGAGUACUACAAAUACUGGGAAAACCUCGCAAAGAUUAAGGAACUUUAUUUCAAGAUGAAGGGUACCGAUGAAGAGUUUUAUGUCAUCUACAUCAGGAUUCCAUCACCCUACAAUGAGCCAGAUGUUAGUUGGCCGGUCCAUAAUUAUGGUGAACUGCCGUGGCCAGUGCAUUAUAAUGGUGAAGGUUACUCACUUCCAAAGGAGCUGGAACAUACUGUUCUUAAUUAUCAUUACGAUCCUGGACGUUUUUUCCUAAGAUGUCUACUUAUUGCUUUCGACCGUUUUUUCCUAAGAUGUCUACUUAUUGCUUUCGACCGAGAUGGAAGUAUUGUCAGGAAAACAUUUGAUCCCACUUUUGAUGAUACAGAGUUUCCCUUCUACGCUGGUGGUUUGGAGGAGGAGUUCCGGUAUCAGUUCGAUAGGUGGUUUGGGUAGCAGCACUGGAAUUAUUUGAGCGAGAAGAAGAAUCCCAUCUACAGAAAAGCACAAUGAGAAUGUCAUGAAUCAAGGUUCAUGGGUGAUAUUAAAGAAAGGAUCAAGCUUGCCAAAUGUGGUUUGGCCUUUAUUCAUAGUUUUAGCUUUAUUGAUAGGUUUGGCUGAAAAAUAGUAGUUAUUUCCAGAGAUAUUAUACAAACAAGGUGUAAUGUCAACUCCCAACUACAGAGCGGAAGUUGAGGAUAAUGUUUCUCCUACUUUUGAACACAAAUAAAAAUAUACCAUGCGGUAUUUGUACUCUG